AUGACUGCACAAGUCUCGACGGUAACCGCCACCACCCCUCGUGGGUCGGGCAUGGGCCACGCUUCCUCUUCCCCUUUUACCUCCGUACAUAUGACGAGCAGUCGUAUGCGGAACAAGAAGCUCUCAUACAAGCAAAAGAUCGCUGUUCAUCGAGGCGCAUUCCAGAAUGACGCUGCAAACGCCUUUGUGAGCGCUAUCGCACCAGAGUUUGAAUCUAGCGACAAUCAGCAGGAUUCAAACUUUGGUGUAGACUCACAUGAGAUCACUGAAUACCAUUUGCAGGCCGCGCUUUCUUCCACUCAGGUGGAUAACGUUGGUAAUGCGCCGACAAAAAAAUACCACAUCCCCACCCCGCAAAGUGUGGAAGUCUUGUCGCAAGCGCAGUAUCAUGAGCAAUAUCCGACGAAUGUGUAUUUUGACCCCGUGACAUAUGUCCGCUUCUCGGACACAGUGGAAGCUUGUAACCGUGGUUCUCCUUACUGCAUGGAUGAGGACGAUAAAGGAUGGCUGGACAAGCAUAACGAAAAAGUUCAGUCUAAUUUGGAAAAAGCGCUAAAAGAUUCAAAAGCGGAACCCACUGAGGCAGAGGCGGCUCGUGUUGAGGCUCUCGUGCGCAAGGAGGCACCGGAAUAUUGCUCUAUUUCAGAGGAUGAAUUCGAGACAAUAAUGUAUGUGUUUGAACGUACGACAUGCGAGCGCCAUCCCUUGUUGGAACUUGAUAUGUCUAAACUCCCACCUCUCUCUGAGCUUCUGCCCCAAUUUGAACCCAACUCUUCGUGCUCUGCGCUGGCUCUACCAGAACUCCCAGCUCUCCCCAAUGAUCUUUCAUCGUGUGUUCCUGCUCCAGCAGAGAAAAACAAUAGCAGCAAAAACACUCCAAAACCAGGCUCAGGGGAACCAGUCUGGUCAGCAAAAAAUCCAUUUCGAUAUCUGCAUUUACUUAAGCCCGGCGCUCAUGCAGUGUACCCGUGGUGGAAACUUCGCCGCCAAGCUCGUGAGGGAAGGCCGAUUGUGCCAUCGCUCAACUUUGAUGAGAGCAACGAGAAUGACCCCUACGUCUGCUUUCGCCGUCGCGAAGUCAAAAGUGCGCGUAAAACACGUAAGACAGAUACCCUUCAGCUUGAGAAACUUGUUCGACUCGAAGUCGAGAUGCGUCAAGCUGCGUCUUUGUUUUUCAUGAUUGCUCAGCGGGAGCGUUUGAAAGAGCUUAGCGUUAAACAGGCUAAGGCAUGCUGGAACACAGCUCAAGAACUUUUAGCAUUUAAGCGCAGUUGGGAUAUCACUGGUCCUAGUAAAGGUAAAGAAGAUGAGAGUCUCUUGUUUGGGAUCCAACCUGAUCCUCUCGAACCUGUUCCCUCUACAACAGCCUCUCAACACACACAAUUGCUGAAGAAAAAACGUAAGGCUGAUGAGGCGGCAUCAUCUACAUCGUCGACUGUGCUCAAGUUACGACGUCCUAAAACAGAACCAGAAUAUACUCAUUCGACUACUAAAGCUGGUAUUGAAAAUGUGAACUCUUCGACCGGCGUAUCUUCUAUCAUGGACCGUAUGCUCGCUGUACAGCAGUACAUCGACCAUGAAUGUACAUUGAGGCAGCAGGCGGAUGCAGGUAUGGAAGAUCUCACAGACUCCGCAUUCCAGCCGUCAGUUGCGCCACCACCGAUACGUGCAUUCCGACCAAUUCAGUCUGACAACAAUGAUACCCACUUUUGGUCUAAUCAUCCAUUUGCGCGGCCUGGACGACAGUCUUGCUUCCGUCGACGCGUCGGCCGUGGAGGACGAGUGUUUCUGGAUCGUCGCCCCAUUGCAGUUAGCCCUGCGCCUGCUAACAUUGGCGCUUGGCCUCGACAACGCCAAAACGGAUUUCCACUCGCUACUUUCGGUUUUGACCGCUCCUCUGACUCGAUGAAACGCAUGGAUGGAUUUAACAGGAUUCAUGCGGGAUUUGAUACAUUCCGUUCUUAUGCACCCGUGGUUCAAUCUUCGCGCGUGGCGCCAAUGCUUCUGCCUACACCUGAUCUGUCUUGGGACCCAUUGAAUUCAAAGGACCCGCGUGAGCCGUUGACACAUGAUCCAGACUUGAAGUUUAGGCGUGUGAAUAAAACUGGUGUUUACCAUGUUGAGCCACAAAAUACCGAAUCGGCUAGUACAGCAUCAGACUCGACAGAUCGAACGCAGAGUUCGGAUGAAAUGGGUGACGGUCAAAGUACUCAAGCGACAGAUAUUGACCAGGAAGAAUCAAAGCCUAUGGAUGAAGACAAAUCACCUGAGCUUAAAUCACAAAGUACUCUUGCAACUAGGGAAGAAGCGGUCGAAUCGGUGGAAGAGCAGAUGGAGCGUGCUCAGAAACUCGCUGAACGUUGGCGAUAUGAUGAAGAUGGCGGGCGAUAUGCGGGUCUUGGUUUGCUGGGUCUCGGAGGAAUGGAAGGCGAUGAAGAAGCAGUGUUAGACGACUUCGAUCAGCGUUUCAUUCGCUUCCGCAUGUCCCUACUCGACGAAGCCAACUUGUUAAAGUUGUCAACAGACUGGACGCAUAUGCGACAGGCAUUGAUUGCCGCAUCUUCAAAUUUGCAUACGAGGCCUUCAUUUUCUGUCGCGGAUGCUCAAAAGAAUGCUGCUGGUGGCGCUGCUAGUGUCACUGUAGCUAAUGAAACUUCUAACACAAAGCCCGUCGUGUCUUCAACUACAAAAGAUGGGUCGAACAGCUCGAAACCUAGCAAUGAAAAGUAA